AAAGGCAUUGGCAUGAAAAUGCUUGCAAUACUAUCGCUGUGCAGCUGUACAUGCUGGAACGGUAGUUUAGAUAAAAAAGAAAUUGAAGAAACGGGUGAAACGAACGCUACACGAGGUGAUAAUAGCUGUAACAUAGAAGAGCUAAAUAGGAUGUAUCUCGAUGGCAUGGACGUAGAUGAGCGGUAUGAUGUGGAAGAACACCUCCCCACAGAAGAUAUUCCUGUUUUGACUGCUGACGAUGUUCUAAACAUCGUGCGAAUGUCAGAAACAGACAUUCAAACUGACGAAUUAUCUUCUUGUAGCGAUGAAACGAGCACCACUAAACAUUCUGGUCAAGCAUAUGAAAGCAAUAUCUUGGAAUUAAUUAGUCGAUUAGAGCAAGAAAGAGAAGAAGAGCAAAUAAUGCCGGUGCAACAUGCCAAUUCGAUCGGAUCAAUCGUUGGCGCUUGUACUGCAGUUUCACAAGCAAUGAUUACGGCGUGUGUUGGUGAAUCACAGAGAAGAGAACAGGAUGCAUCACUGUUGCUCGAUCAGGCUUUGCAUCCCGGACAGGUCAACUCACCGUGUUGUGGAUCAACCAAUUCACCAAACCCUGCACGUUUAACUGGCCUGAGAGGGGGUGAAAAGGCAGAUGACAGUUCAAUUCUUGCGUUACAGAGAAUAACAUGCUUUAUGAAAAGUGAUUUACACUAUGGUCAGAGCCUCUCAUCAUUACUAAAUGCUUGCAUAUCACCAAAUGCUGUACCAGAUGGAGAACAACCAAAUAAUGCAUACCGGCAACGUUCUAAUCAAGAAACACAGGAGUGUACGCGGGCAAAAAGCUUUGACUGGCGUGUCUUCGAACAUGCACGCCAAGUUCAAGACAUUAUGCACGCCCGGCUGGAAUGCUUUAACUAUCUGUGUAGAUUGCUUGAUAUCAUCAAACGGAUUACCACACAAGAUCAUUUCAAGAUUUUAUUUGAAACAGGACAUCUGAUAGAAGCGUUAUGUGAAAGCUAUAACGGAUUGAAAAGAGAAGUUUACAUUUUUCUGCAUUUCUUCCUCAAUUUUAAUUACAAUAUCAUGAUGUUCAAUACGCUAAUGAUUUUUACCUUUGAAAAUAUGCACAGCGAUACCAGCCAAAGACAUAAGAAUAUCAUUUUCACAUUUAGAAACACCAUGUUAGACCUGCGAAUAAAGGUGUUGACGAUAGCAAAUCACAUCCUGUCCAUAAGGAAAGCCGUCAAUGAUGGAAUGAAAACUUUUCUUGAGAACAAUGUUACAAAUGGAACUUCAACGAGCGUGCAAAUGCCUAAAUGGCAACAAACAGAAGGAGUAGCAACAAUUGGUAGAAAUAUUGGUAUAAAUCGUAGACGUGAGCCCUCCUACAGUGUAUUUUUUAAAACUGCGUAUAAUUCGAUACACGAAAUGAAAAAAGAAAACGUUCGAUUGCUAGAUGCAACAAUUUAUCUUAUUCUACUCCUGACAUAUGAUGGUGAUCCGAGUACCUGAGCUGAAAAUUAAAAUUUAUGUUGAUC